AUGAGUGAGUAUCAUGAUAUGGAGGAAAACAAUCAUUUCUUCAACGAUUCUUCGUUAGAAGCCUCUAAAGAAAUACCGCGUACACUAUUCUCGCCCAUAAUUCAAGUUUCAGAAGACGACGAAGAACGUAACAAAGCCGCUGAAUUUUCAAACAAAAAUAAUCUUGAAGUGCCAGCUGUUUUAUUGUCACCUUGUGCGCGAACAAGCAGGUCUGAACAAAGUUUGAUAAGAAGAAAUUCGAAAGAGUUUCUCGCUCCGCCAUCAUUACAAAAUGUCCCUAUGACUUCAUUUAGGCCUAGGAAAUUAUUGCUCUCUGUUCCUUCAUCUCCAUCAACUUCUGAGUUUUCACUUGACAACGACGCAAGUGUCUGCCAAGACCAUACGGCAAAAAACGAGAGUAUUCAUCAUGCUGAUUCAAACAGCCGACUGUCUUGUAAAAGUGCUGACGAAGUACCUCUCGCCUGCUCUUGUAGCGUUCAAGACAUUUCCGUGGAAUUAGCGCGAGAUUCUUCAGCUUCUUUGAACAGAUCGGGAGAAAUUUUGACUAAGCUGAACGAAGGCGGUGUUUGUUUACCUGUUGCCCGUUCCACACCGAACUUACAUCGGAACAAAUCAACCUGUUGCGGGCAUCCGUCCAAACAACUUUGUUGUUUAAUAGCCACAAAUUACACACCUAUGUCAACACCAAGUUCAGAAGGUUUAUCUUUCGAAUUUUCAAACCAAAUUCUCAACGAGGAAGUCACAGACAAAGACACUCUGGCUGACGAAAUCGUCUCUCCAGUGGUGUGCGACACAUUCAUAAACAGAAACGAAUCGGAAAAUGACUUGAAUCGUCUUUCGACAACCAGACCGAAGAGAUCCUCGAGCGUGGGUACACAAAGCUGCACUACACCACAAAACGUCCCAAUUCCAAUGAGUGGAUCUACUUGUAAACAACUAUCGACCCCUAAUUUAAGGCUCUACAGCAAUCCCCUUGCAGUUCCAGCGCCUCGAGAAUGGAGAUCAAGUGCAAAGUCUGUUGCUUCAGUGGGGGAUAGGUUGAAAGUUGAACAGUCAGGCGAAAGAUUAAAAAACCUCUCGAGCGCCAGGUUGAAGAAAAAGUCAUCAACGUUUCUUCAUCCAGACAUGGCCCAUUUUUCCGACUCAAAUCAUUCUUCAGAGGGAAGUUCAAAAUCUCUAUUGCAAGAUCGUCCUUCCGAAGUUUCCUAUCUUAAAAGGAAAAAAUAUUCAGAUCAGAAAUUUACGCAUGCAUCGUGUAGCAUCAACAGUUCUACAUCUUCAGCAUUUGCGGAAUCUUCAGGUAGAAGCGAAACGUCCAUAAUGAAAAGUUUUUUGUCGCUAAUAUCUCCGUCGAAAUUUCUCUCCAAGUUCCACAGCUCCUCAAAACAUAGCAUCCGCAGUACGAAUUCGCAUUCGUCUCGUCGUAAACGACCAGAAAUUGAUUUCCCCGACGACGACAAAAUUGUUGUUCUGAAUGUGAGUGGCAGACGUUUCCAAAUUCGAGAUUAUUUUCUUUCCAUCUAUCCAAACACAUUGCUGGGAAGUAAAGCAAGAAAUAUUUUUUAUGAUAAGAUCAAGAACGAAUUCUUUUUUGACCGCGAUCCAGACACCUUUCGCUACAUUUGGAACUUUUAUCACUCUGGACAGCUCCAUUGUCCGCGAGAUGAUUGCGUCCAAUCUUUCUUAGACGAAGUGGCGUUUUUCGGGUUGGACAUUAGUAUGCUUUGUGAGUGCUGCUGGUUCGAGACGUUUGAAGCAGCUUACGAAAGAUUAAAUAAGAGACGAGAGGAACAAGAAGCUAAGGAUAAAGAGGCCGCAAAGGCUGUCCAUAGCAUUGAUCCAAACGCCUCCUUUAGAGAAAAGGUUUGGCUUACACUUAAAGAACCGUCUAUUUCUUUAUAUGCGAAGAUUUUUUAUCUGAUAAGUGUCACCGCAAUUGUGAUCAGCGUGGUGGCAAACACGACUGAAACAAUCGCGUGUAAAGGAACGAUACGAAUUUGCAAAGAGGAAAACGAGAACACUUAUUUCUAUAUUGAUACAGUCUGUGUAGGUUUCUUUACGUUCGAGUUUGUCUCGCGGUUGUUAACUUGUCCAAGCCGUCUUAAAUUUAUCAUCAACCUCAUGAGUAUCGUGGAUCUGCUCGCAAUUCUGCCGUAUUACAUUGACUUGAUCUUAAACGCUCUGUCGUUUGACGCCCAACUCGGCAUGAAUGCUCUAGUGGUGUUACGAGUUUUAAGGAUACUUCGCAUCUUCAAACUACUGCGCCAUUCUAAGAGAUUAAAACAGUUGAUCCAAAGCAUGAAGGAUUCUGCCACUGAGUUAGGCCUGAUAGGAUUCCUGUAUAUGGUCAUGGUUAUUUUAGUUUCGAGUAUCAUCUAUUUCGCCGAAUAUUCCGAGGACACACAGUUUUCCAGCAUUCCCGAAGCCAUGUGGUACGCAGUGAUCACAUCAACUACAGCAGGUUAUGGUGAUAUCAUACCCGUGACACUAGCUGGUCGGCUGGUGGGAAGCGCCUGUUGUCUGUUUGGAGUGCUUGUCAUUGCUUUACCUGUACCCAUUCUGCAGUUCAAGGCUCUGGGAGUUCGAUAA